CGCCCCUCCCGGUGCCUCCGUUUCACCGCUGCCGUUCCCCCGGUACCUCCGGGCGGCCCCGCAGGCAGCACCCGGCACCUCCGUGCGCCCCCCCCCGGGCUCUCCUCGCGCACCCGGUUGGGGCAGCGGCAGCCGGUGCCCGGCGGUGGGAGGUGGAGAGCCGCGGCCCCCCCGCUCCAGGGGGCUGAGAGGGUCACAGUCCAAGGGCAGGGACCUGGCCCUGGUCAGUGCUCGGAGCACCCAGAGUGGCCGGAGCCAUGUCACCCUGCGCCCUCCUCCUCCUCCUCCUCCUGCAGGACGCGGUGCUCAGCACCCAGGCAGACGUCGUGGCCUUCCCCGAGUCCGGCCCCGGCCUCCGAAGGCAGAAGAGGGACUGGGUCAUCCCCCCCAUCAGCUGCCUCGAGAACCACCGGGGGCCCUUCCCCAUGAAGCUGGUGCAGAUCAAAUCCAACAAGGACAAGGAGACCAAGGUUUUCUACAGCAUCACGGGGCAGGGGGUGGACAGCCCCCCCGUGGGCGUCUUCACCAUCGAGCGUGAGACGGGGUGGCUGGAGGUGACGCAGCCGCUGGACCGCGAGGAGAUCGGGAAAUACGUCCUCUUCUCCCAUGCAGUGUCGGCCAACGGGCAGCCCGUGGAGGACCCGAUGGAGAUCAUCAUCACGGUGACAGACCAGAACGACAACAAGCCCGUCUUCACCAAGCAGGUCUUCGUCGGCUACAUCGAGGAGAACGCGAAGCCGGGCACCUCCGUGAUGACAGUGAACGCCACGGACGCGGACGACGCGGUGAACGUGGACAACGGCAUCAUCAGCUACUCCAUCGUCAGCCAGGAGCCGCCGCGCCCGCACCACCAGAUGUUCACCAUCGACCCCCAGAAGGGCGUCAUCAGCGUCCUCGGCACGGGGCUGGACCGGGAGACCACCCCCAACUACACGCUGAUCGUCCAGGCCACGGACCAGGAGGGCAGGGGGCUGUCCACCACCGCCACGGCCGUCAUCGAGGUCACGGAUGCCAACGACAACAUUCCCGUCUUCGACCCCAACACGUAUGAGGGGACGGUGGACGAGAACGAGGUGGGGCUGGAGGUGGCCAGGCUGCACGUGACGGACCAGGACAUGCCGGGCUCCCCGGCCUGGCAAGCCGUCUACCGCAUCAAGAGCGGAGACCAGGACGGCGCCUUCAGCAUCACCACCGACCCCAACACCAACGACGGCAUCCUGAGAACUGCCAAGGUGGGUCGUGGCGCUGCGGGGCUGCCCCGUGCAGGCCGCGUCCCCGCCGGCGCUGGUUCCAGCCCAGCUCUUCUCGCCGACCUCCAGGGCCUGGACUACGAGACCAGGAGCCGCUACGACCUCGUGGUGACGGUGGAGAACAAAGUCCCCCUCUCCGUGUCCCUCGGGCUCUCCUCGGCCAGCGUCCUGGUGCUCGUCAGGGAUGUGAACGAGCCCCCCGUCUUCGUGCCCCCUGUCAAGAGGGUGGAGGUGUCGGAGGACCUGCCGGUGGGGCACGAGGUCACAUCCUACACAGCCCAGGACCCCGACAAGGAUCAGAGGAACAAAAUCACGUACCGCAUGGGCAGCGACCCCGCGGGGUGGCUGGCCAUCCACCCCGAGAACGGCAUCGUCACGGCCGUCCAGCCGCUGGACCGGGAGUCGGUGCACGCCAUCAACAGCACCUACAAGGCCAUCGUCCUCGCCGUGGACAACGGGGUGCCGGACGCAACUGGCACGGGGACGCUGCUGCUGCACCUCCAGGAUGUGAACGACAACGGGCCCACGCCGGAGCCCCGGAUCUUCGACAUCUGCAGCCGGCAGCCUGAGGAGCAGACGCUGACCAUCGUCGACAAGGACCUGCCCCCAAACACGUACCCCUUCGAGGCAGCGCUGGAGCACGGCUCCAGCACCAACUGGACCGUCAAGGUGUCCGGCCAAGACUCGCUGGUCCUGAAACUGCAUAAGGAGCUGGAGCCGGGGGAGUACAGCAUCUUCCUGAGGCUGACGGACAGCCAGGGCAAGGCGCAGGUGACACAAGUCAAAGCCCGGGUGUGCGAGUGCGAAGGGGCAGCCGAAAACUGUCAGCAGAGAGCGUUCACUGCCACAGCCAUCGUCAAGAUCAGGGAUGCCAUCGACAACGCUCCCGUCUUCAGCUUCACCAUGGUUGGAGGCACGGAGAGGCCGCGCGGCUCCCUGACCACCCACGUGCUGAACACGGCCACGGGGCUGCCCGCCGCCCGCCUCGCCCUCCGCCUGGCCCAGCUGCAGGAGCCGGGGGCGCAGUGGAGGGAGCUGGUGCAGAGGUGGACAGACGAGGACGGGCGCUGCCUGCCGCUCCUGCCUCCGGGGCAGGCUAAGGCUGGCACCUACAAGCUGCGCUUUGAGACGGGGGAGUACUGGCAGAGCCUGGGGCACACCAGCUUCUACCCCUUUGUGGAGGUCGUCUUCACCAUCACCGACCCAGCCCAGAAGCUGCACAUCCCGCUGCUGAUCAGCCCCUACUCCUACACAACGUACCGGGGCAGCUAGGGCAAGGCCCAUCCUCUCUGCAGGGCCGCCGGUCGCUGGGGGGGAAACCACACGACUGACACCAUUAAAGGAUUCAAACAGCA